AGUUUAAAAAGUUGCAACCCAUUGCGGUGUCGUGUCCUCGUGGUCGAAAAUUGUGAUUGCAUUGCUUAAUUCGUGUUUUAAUAAUUGUAACAAGUCGUAAUAUCAGUCACGAAUUUCAUUCCCUUCCACGUUGAAGUCCCUUUUCUUUGCAAUUUCAAACUCCCUUGCUUUAGAAACGAAAUACAAUCAUGUUUCCGGGCUCUGCUCCAAUCGUCGUUCUGAGCGAAAAUACAAAACGCGAUUCUGGAAAAAAAGUUCAGAGGGAGAAUAUCCAGGCUGGAAAGGCAAUCGCUGACGUCAUCAGAACAUGUCUGGGACCACAAGCAAUGUUGAAAAUGUUGAUGGACCCGAUGGGAGGAAUCGUAAUGACCAAUGAUGGAAAUGCGAUCCUCCGUGAAAUCACAGUUCAGCAUCCAGCUGGAAAAUCUAUGAUCGAAAUUGCCAGAACUCAGGAUGAAGAAGUCGGUGAUGGAACCACAUCAGUCAUCGUCCUCGCUGGGGAAAUUUUGGCAGCUGCAGAGCCAUUCCUUGCACAGGGAAUGCAUCCCACAGUCAUUAUCCGAGCUUACCGUCAAGCUCUCGAGGACAUGGUUGCAGUUCUCAACGAUCAAAUAAGCAUCGAACUCGAUCGCACGGACAGAAAAAAACUCGCGGAAGUCGUCAGGUCAUGUGUCGGUACAAAAUUCAUCGGUCGCUGGUCUGAUCUUGCUUGCGACAUAGCUUUGGAUGCCGUACACACAGUUAUGUUUGAAGAACAUGGUCGUCGUGAAAUUGACAUCAAGCGAUACGCCAAAGUCGAGAAGAUCCCGGGAGGAAGCAUCGAAGACAGCUCUGUUCUAAAAGGUGUGAUGAUCAAUAAGGAUGUCACUCAUCCAAAAAUGUGUCGCCUUAUUAAAAACCCGAGAAUCAUUCUCCUCGAUUGUCCUUUGGAGUACAAAAAGGGAGAGUCUCAGACCAACGUGGAGAUAAUGAAGGAGACGGAUUUCACGAAGAUUUUGGAGAUGGAGGAAGAGAACGUGAAGAAGAUGUGCGAUGAUAUUAUCGCUUUGAAGCCGGAUGUGAUAUUCACUGAGAAGGGAGUUUCUGAUUUGGCCCAGCAUUACUUGGUGAAGGCCAACAUCUCUGCUGUUCGCCGACUGAGGAAGUCUGAUAUCAAUAGAGUUGGCAGAGCUUGUGGAGCGACUGUUGUGAAUCGUACCGAUGAGCUGAGAGAGGAAGAUGUCGGAACUGGUGCUGGCCUCUUCGAGAUCAAAAAAAUUGGUGAUGAGUAUUUCUGCUUCAUCACUGAGUGCAAGGAUCCCAAAGCUUGCACGAUUAUGCUGAGAGGAGCGAGCAAGGACAUCUUGAAUGAGACUGAGAGAAAUCUUCAGGACGCUCUUCAUGUCGCGAAGAAUCUCCUGAUGGAACCGAAACUCGUGCCUGGUGGUGGAGCAGUAGAAAUGUCAGUCUCUCGUCUCAUAACCGAAAAAGCAGGAGCACUUGCCGGAGUCGAGCAGUGGCCUUACAAGGCAGUCGCCCAAGCUUUGGAAAUCAUUCCCAGGACUUUGGCUCAAAAUUGUGGAGCAAACACGAUCCGGACUUUAACUGCGCUGCGCGCAAAACACGCCACUGGUGGCACAACCUGGGGAAUUGAUGGCGAGACUGGCCAGCUCGUCGACAUGAAGGAGCGAGGCAUUUGGGAACCACUUGCAGUCAAACUGCAAACCUAUAAGACGGCGAUCGAAACAGCGAUUUUGCUCCUGAGGAUCGACGACAUCGUUUCUGGAAGCAAAAAGAAGAACGCUGAUAAUACGCCGGCUCAACCGAGCCAACCUACCGAAGAAUCGAUGAAGGAGUGAUUAAAGUGCUUAUUAUAAGAUUUGUAUUUUUCAUUCAGUUCAGCGCUACUGUGGCGAUGUCAACUGCAUUUUUUACUCACUACGUUAUGCUUAACUUAUAGUUUGCGUUACAACUCCCUGUCAUUCUGAUGCGAAUGCAUUUCUACGAAAUUAAGAAUUACAUUUAUACAUAUUCAUACAAGUCGUGUAUUUUUGGAUUCAGGUUGAGACUUUAAGCACGGGGUUCACCUAAUCUUCAGUCUUAAAACUGUUUGCACAAUGUAAAAGAGAUUUUUUAAUAAAAAGCAUGCAGUAAUGGAGACAAGAUUUUAACGAGUUGCACCUUUUAAAAGAAAAAAAAAGGAGUUAGCUGGGCUCCUAAUUUCCUUUCCUUUUGUUUUAAAUCUGUCGAAGAAGUAGGAAAGAAAGUGUUUCGAUUUUUUAAAUGAUCCAGUAAUGAAAUUACUGUGUUUUAAAAAAAAAAUAUUUGUAAACGAUUAUUUCAAUGUUUUGAAAACUAGAUGUUUCUCUGUAGGAUCAAGAAUUUUGUUGGUAAUUGUCUUAAAAAUGUUGUAUAGGUAUAUUUUUUCGUGCUUAGAACUAAAAAAAUUAAUUUUCUAUAUAGGUGCAAAUCAAAAAGAGAAUAUUAUGUUUGUGGAAUAUUAUACGCUCGUGUUUGUAGGAAUAUCUUUCUUAAUUACAGGGUUUUUGUUAGGUGUAUUUUCUCCGACAAUAUUCUAUCUGUCUACUAUUUUUAUUUUAUUCCGUAUUAAAAUAAACUCGAUUAUAUAAAUGA